AGGAUGGACCCCCUUAACCUGGUGCCGUAUUUGCCUCGGGCAGAGUGGUCCCUGGGGCCAGGAGACCAAGGCUGGCUUGCGAUGUUGGGUCAGGUGCUCAAGGAAUACCAGACAUGUACAAGACGAAGGAGUCUGCUGAGGGCGAGGGUCAUGGACUUCGUCACCUCCACGGCCAUCCUGCCCCUGCUGCUGGGCUGCGUGGGCGUCUGCAGCCUCUUGAAGCUGCUGCAGUGGCUGCGCACGAGAGCCUGCGUCCGGAACGCCGUGGUGGUCGUCACCGGCGCCACGUCGGGCCUGGGCCGAGAAUGUGCCAGAGUUUUCCACGCUGCGGGCGCUAAGCUGGUGCUCUGUGGCCGGAACGCCAAGGCCCUGGAGGAGCUCACCCGAGAACUUGCUGCUUCCCGGGCUACCAAGGUGCAGACUCACAAGCCUUACACGGUGACCUUUGACCUCACGGACCCUGGGGCCAUAGUGGGGGCCGCUGCGGAGAUCCUGCAGUGCUUUGGCUAUGUGGACGUGCUCAUCAACAACGCUGGGAUCAGCUACCGCGGCACCAUUGUGGACACCAGCCUGGACGUGGACAGGAGAGUCAUGGAGACAAACUACUUUGGUCCAGUUGCUCUGACGAAAGCGCUCCUGUCCUCUAUGAUCAGAAGGCGCCAGGGCCACGUUGUCGCCAUCAGCAGUAUCCAGGGCAAAAUCAGCGUUCCUUUCCGAUCCGCGUACGCGGCCUCCAAACACGCGACCCAGGCCUUCUUCGACUGCCUGCGGGCCGAGGUGGAGCAGCAUGACAUCGAGGUGACCGUCGUCAGCCCCGGGUACAUCCAGACCAGCCUCUCCCUCAACGCCGUCACGGCCGACGGGUCCAAGUAUGGAGUGAUGGACGAGACCACGGCCCAGGGCCGAAGCCCCUCGCAGGUGGCCCGAGACGUGCUGGCUGCCGUGGGGAAGAAAAAGAAGGAUGUGGUCCUGGCCGAUGUGGUGCCUUCCCUGGCUGUUUACCUGCGGACUCUGGCUCCCCGGCUCUUCUUCAGCCUCAUGGCCUCCCGGGCCAGGAAGGAGCAGAAGCCCAAGCGUUGCUAGUGCCUGUGCGGCAGGCGGCGCGGCAGCACCGCUGCUGCACGGUGACAGGUGUGAAAUGACCAGCAAGAGAGCACAGUAGAAAGGGUUCACGUUGAAAAAUAAAACUGAGCGCGCCAAUAAUGGAAAGGUCUUUAAAGUGAAAAAGUCAAGUACAGAACAGUGUGUGUAGCCUGUGAUUUCCAGUGCAUUUCUGAGAAAGUGUACGUUUGCUUUUAGAUGCACAGAACGUUUCUGGGAGGAUAUACAAAGACCCAAGAGUUACGACUGUCUCUGAGGAGGGGAAUGGAGGGGCUCCAGAAAGAAAGGGGCCCCUUCUUACCAAAUGACUUUAGAACCCUUUGAAUUUGGCAGGUUCCAUGGAGCUUACGGGACGGAACUGGCCUGCACAGGAGCACAGCCUGCCGGGCCACAGGGGCUGCUGCAGGCGCUGCCUCCGGUCAGGGUCACGGGCUCUCCCUGGGGGCUUGUGAACCUGCCUCCAGCUGGGGUCA